AUGGUUGAAAAUGACCGGCUAAAUUAUAUUCGGUUUAACCAACCAACAUUACAUGUCGCUCCUUAUGGAGACUUGGCCGAGGCUGCUCAAGAAGGUACUGAAGAUGCUUUUGCGAUGGGAAACCUUUACCGAAGACGCGACAACGGAAACAAUGUCGUGAAAAACGGAGUUUCUUUGGACAAUAGAUAUGUUGUUCCAUAUAAUAAGACACUUUUGAAGCAAUACCAAGUCCAUAUGAAUCUUGAGUGGUGUAAUCAGCUUGGAUUGAUAAAGUACCUUUUUAAGUAUAUUAACAAAGGUCCAUACAGGAUCACCGCGUCUUUUUACGACGCCAAAAAUAACAAAAAACAACAUAAAGAAAAUAAUGAUCGUGAUGAAAUUGUUGAGUAUUACAAUUGUCGUUAUAUUUAUGCUUGUGAGGCAUAUAAAGUAUGGACAAGAAGAAAAACAAAGACAAAGUCACUUGGCAGAAUUAAUCAUGUGUCUCCCAAGUCUGGUGAUGUUUAUUACUUGCGCAUUUUGCUCAACAAAGUAAAGGGUCCUACUUGCUAUGAAGAUAUUAGAACGGUUAAUGGGACCAUUUAUGAGUCUUACAAAGAUUCUUGCUACGCUCUUGGUCUAUUAGACGAUGAUAGAGAGUACAUAUCUUCUAUACAAGAAACACAUCAUUGGGCCACCGCUUCUUUCUGCAGGUCUCUAUUAGUUAUGUUGAUUACAUCAGAUAGUCUAUCCCGACCUCAUCAUGUUUUUAAAGAGACAUAUAAUUGCCUUUCUGAUGAUGUCGUUCACGUUCAUGAACAAGAAAUAGGCGUGAAAGGCUUAAAGCUAAAACCGGAAGCAAUUUACCACCUACCGUUGUCGUACAUUGAGAAAUCUUUAUUGAGCUAUGGACUGAGUCUUAAGCAAAUACCCAAUAUGCCAUUACCUGAUCACAAAUAUAUUCAAGAUUUUUGCAAUAUGUUAAUUCAAGAUGAACUUAAUUAUGAUUCGUUUAGUCUUGAAUCUGAACAUCAACAACUACAUUCAAAAUUAAAUGUCGAGCAAAAAAUAUCUAAAGGUGAAGUAGUUAUUAAUGUUGCUUCAAGCGAAACUGCAACACUCUUGCUUUCUGAUGGUAGGACAGCGCAUUCAGGAUUUCAUAUACCAAUUAAUGUGAACGAGAAUUCAUUUUUUUCUAUUACGCCAGGUAAGGAUGUAGUUGCCCUGUUGAACAAAGCAAGCCUUAUAAUUUGGGACGAAGCCCCAAUGAUGCAUCGUCAUUGUUUCGAAGCAGUUGAUAGGAUACUUAGAGAUAUUAUCCUUCCUAAGAACAAUGAUAAGCCGUUUGGAGGCAAGACCAUUGUAUUUGGAGUUUUACAAUUGACUGUAAACAUGAGGCUUCAGUUAGGUUAUCCAAACAAUGAUUUCGAAGAGAAAAAAUCAUUUGCUGAUUGGAUUCUUAAAAUUGGUGAGGGUACUAUCGGUGGUCCUAAUGAUGGUGAACUUCAAAACCAUCUUGAUGAUCCAUUGUAUUUUCAAGAUAAAUCUAUUUUGGUCCCUACUAAUGAAGAAGUUGAUGCUAUCAACGACUACAUGUUAAAAUUGAUGAAAAAUGAAGGGAAAACAUAUUUGAGUUCAGAUUCCUUAUGUGAGGCCGAGGCCUCUGGAAUUCCCAACCAUAAACUUAUACUAAAAAAAGGUGUUCCGGUCAUGUUGUUUUGUAAUAUCAACCAAACCAGAGGACUAUGCAAUAGUACUAGAUUACAAAUCGUAAGGCUUGGAAGACACGUAAUUGAAGCACGAAUCAUAUAUGGUAGAUUUUUCAACGAGACUACUUAUAUACCUCGCAUGAAGUUGACCCCAUCCGAUAAAAAAAUUCCAUUCCGUUUUCAACAUAGGCAAUUCUCUAUAGCAGUUUGUUUCGCUAUGACCAUUAACAAAAGUCAAGGACAGUCAUUAUCAAAUGUUGGAUUAUAUUUGUGUAGACCUGUCUUCACCCAUGGUCAGUUAUAUGUAGUUGUUUCUCGUGUAACAAGCAAAAAGGGUUUGAAGGUACUCAUAUGCGACGAGGAAGUUCGUUUAACUAAUAAAACAAAAAACAUUGUCUACAAAGAGGUCCUGCAACGUUUAUAG